AUGGAUCCGUACGAUAGUGAUUCUUCUGGGCUGAGUGAUGAUGAUGCCCAGGGAGAUUACACUGAGACCUCUGUUCUGCUUGGUUAUGCCGCAGAUGAAGAAUCGGACGACACAGUCAGCCAUAUUGGUGGAUGGCCGACAUGGCUUGACCCCUCUACCCCGCCCCCGGGCAAUUUUGCGAAAUGCAAAUCCUGCAAAGAUCCAAUGCCACUGCUUCUUCAACUAAAUGCUGAUCUACCGGAGCACUUUCCAAAUGACGAGAGAUGGUUAUACAUAUUUGGAUGUACGAGACGAACUUGUAACAGGAGGCAAGGGAGCAUACGAGCCUUGCGUGGAGUGAAAAAGCACAAAAUCACGACCAACACUAAGAAAGACAAGAGAGAAGAACAAAAGCCAAAGGAGAAAAGGACACAAACAGAACCUCCAAAGCCACAGCAGAAUAUUGGAGCGGCCCUGUUCGGUGUUGCGCCCAGUUCUCCUAACACAUCCGCAAACUCGAAUCCUUUUUCAACAUCGAGCACUUCCUCAGCGCCAAUAAACCCCUUUGCUCAGCUCUCGUCGCCAUCCACACUUGCGGCGAUUCCUCCGCAAAAGCCAGUUGAAGAAACAACGCCAAAGGAAGAACAAAACCUCACCGAAUCCUUCGCCGACAAAGUUCGCCUUUCCUCUCCUGCUGCUGCUGCUGCUCCUACGACGACGACAUCUUCCACCCAAGCCUCGCAACUCGUCGGCCCUGCAGAACCAUGGCCCUCACAAACCUCGUUUCCCACUCCAUACCCGCAACACUUCCUCGACGCGGAAUACGAAACCCUAUCUCGCCCGUCCACUCCCAGUGUCCCUGCAAACGUACAAAUAUCGAGUUUCGACGACGAGGGAUCCUCAGCGGUCGCAGGCGCAGAAGGAAAAGAUACCUUCGAGUCGUCGCUAGACAAAUCCUUCCUCAAGUUCUCAACGCGACUAAACCAUAAUCCAGAGCAGGUGCUUAGAUAUGAAUUUCGCGGAACACCACUACUCUAUUCUACCACCGACCCGGUGGGGAAGCUGCUUUCUCCAUCGCUAUCGUCAUCUGGUUCGCAUGUCAAGGUUGCUAGUUCGAAUUCUGGAGUAUCGUCAAAACUACCCCGAUGCAGCCUGUGCGGGCGCGAACGGGUAUUUGAGUUGCAACUCGUUCCACAUGCCAUAACUGUGCUGGAAGCAGGGAGAGAGGGAAUUGGCAUUGGGAAGGAUGAAGGAGGAAUGGAGUGGGGGACGAUUAUUGUUGGCGUCUGCAGUGGGAACUGUGGGCUGGACAGGGAGGGUGAGGUAGGUUGGAGAGAAGAGUGGGUGGGCGUGCAGUGGGAGGAGAGGGUUGCUGGAAAGUAAGGUUAGGGUCUGUUCUUGAGUAUCGGAGGACCUUGUAGAGGGUCAUCACAAAAUCAGUAUAUGAAAAUUGUUUUUCCUUGGUUCAGCUGGAAAGGACUCCGGGCUAUUAAGGUGGAGUUUGAGGGGAUUGGAAUGACAAAAUCAAAUAGAAUUUUUUUGGCUCUGAAUUUUGAUACCAGAUGCACUUCAUUUAUGUGCUGCAUCUGAUACAACCCAGACCAGGGCACACAACCGAAGAAAUGAACCCUCCUGUAACGAAGCA